GGGGGGGGGGGGGGAGUUGUGCCACCCCCUGUUUCUAGGGAAACAUAGAAGAAAUUGGUCAUGUGACCACAGUCAGCCAUUUUACUCAUCCUGCAAAGACGAGAGCCUAAUUGCAUGAGAGAAAUAGACCAUCAUGCCAUGGAGUUAUAAAAGGAAGACAGGCAGGGCUCCCACUCCUCUAGAUGAGAUGGACAGAGCAGUGAAAGAGGUGGAGAAGGGGAAGUAAUGAGGUCUGUGGAUGGAAAGCCCAUCUUCACUUUCAAAGAAAACGAUGAAGGAGAUGUGCAUCCCUAGAGAAGAUGUGCAUGAGAAACUACCCACACCACAAAGACUUGGUGGUACAGCCAGAAGGGAGCAGAAAUUUAUAUUCCCCUAUAGCUUCAACAAGUGGGAUGUCAUGUAGGCGGCCAUAUCUGUGAAGAGAACUGCAGUCAAUUUGGUCUUCAUUUGGAUUUCAUUUUGUUCUGAACGUGUGCUCAUGUGGCGCAAUGGGCUUGUAGAAAAUUGGCCUUUGAUGUUGUAAAAUAACUUUAAAUAAACCUUAAAUGAGCAAUUUUGUAUUGAAUUUCUCCAGCUUUUAUAUAGAAUUACAGUUCCUGAGAUCCAAAUAUACUGUUUUACUUCAAUAAUCAAAGGCACAAUUUACCCCAAUGUAUUCUCUCCAAAAGCACAACUUACCCGGCACCGGGGGCAAGUUGUGCCACGAGACCACUUUUUUCAGAAAGCUAUAUUUCUUAAAUACUGUAUUUCAGAUCCAAAGAGAUUGUUUCCAGGGAUGCACCACACCCUGAAAUAUAUGUACAUAUUUUAUUUGGAAGUAUUACUGUCAUGGCCUCGCUUUAAAGUCACUUUCAGGAAAAACUGGCACAACUCAACCCACUCUCCCCUAUUGAAAAAAAUCAGAUGUUAAUUUUUUGAAAAUGGUCAUUUAGUUGCUUUGAAGUGAUGUGGACAAAUUUGCAGUGGCAUCGAAUUCCUUAGUGGAAGACACUAUCCUAUUAAACAGACUUACUUGAUCUCUUUAAAAAGCUUUAAAAUUUCAAACAGAAGUUGGCGCAAAUUGACCUUGACGCAAUGCUACCACCAGAUGCCACUGUUUAUCCAUUUUAUUGGCCACUCGUUUUAGAUCAUUUUCACGUCUUGCUUUCAAAUCAUAGCAUAGCUACUGUACAUAGUACAUAGUACAGCAUAGCUACUGUACUAUUUUAUAUGCACCCACAUCUCAACGACGCAACUGUAAUUCAUCCCGUAUGUUAACGAUAUAAAGUUAUGCGUUUCGUAAUCAUGUACUGUGGCGCAGUUUGCCAGUGCCACAACACCGCAGUUAAUAAAUAACUUGUAGAGACGUGCAUGUUAAAUAAACUCGGAAGGAAAAAUGUAGUCCAGCACGACGGGUACAAAGACACUCUCGAAACGCCGUAGGGAACUGAACUCCCGUCGCUGCCGUGAAGUGUUAGGAACUGCCGCAAAGGCGCUGCACAGUUAUGCCUGAUCAUCCUGAUGCGUGUGAAAAUCUCUACAUGCUGACAAUGUAGUGUUGAAACACUAAUUUCCCCAGUAUCUGUGUACCGGAAUCAGAAUCUGAUUCUGGGUGUCGCCUUGGGGAAGGUUAAUUGCGGCAGGAGGGGCAAUAAAUGUGUCAUUUUAAAUCAAACAGACAUAAUAAUGACACUAGAAUAAUCUGCCCGGCGGCAUUUUUAGGCGCUACACCCUGUUUAUUUUCUUCCGCUGCCGACACAUCUGUCAGGACUGUGAUAUGCGGCAGAAACGGGGACGGCGGACCCCCACGGACCCCAGUAAUUAGCCGGGAGAGCCUCAACUCCGGGGUACAAGCUGAGAUCGCUGCGCAGAUAUAUUGCAAAUGAGAAAAUGUGACGCCAGAUGGAGCUUAACCUAAGUAGGCCUACUAUAUUAAGUAUUACAGUGAUGACAAAAACGCGAUACAAAAAACGGUAGCCAUAACAACGAUUUGUUUUCGUCCUGUUUUGGAUAUCCGGAAUGGUUUGGGUUUGAAGCGCUAGGUAUAGUUUCAGAAUGACUGGAUAUUUUCAGUAAGUAAACUCCAGCCCGUGAGAGUGACAGAGAGCAGGGUAGGUCCAACGCCAUGGCUAACGUGGAGGAGCCCGUAGUGGAGGCGUCCCAUGCCCACGGGCUGAUGAAGAGGUUCUACUCUAAGGACGACAGCCCCCUGACCCAAGACGAGCUGGACUCCUUGAUGCAGCAUGGCGAAGUGCACUCCUUCAUCCUGGUCCACCGUCUGCGUGCCUUCCAUGAGGUCGGGGUGACGCUGUUUCUGCGGGGGAUCCCGGUGACCUGCAAGGUGGACGUCACCGAGAGGUACACCACACAAUCCAAGGUGCGUGUGUCCACACUGUACACUGUCCACCUGAUGCACGGCGACUUCAACUGGAUUAUCAAGCGAAAGUACAAGCACUUCCAGGACCUGCACCGCGACCUUUACAAGCACAAGAUGAUGAUCAGCUUCCUCCCCCUGGGAAGGUUUGCUACUCAGAGGCAGGAACUUGGCGCCCUACCAGAGGAGAUGCCAUCUUUGCAUAACAAUGAAAGAGGCAGGAGGGCGUCCAGCAAGCCGAAACACCUUGAGGAGUAUCUGAACGGGCUGCUGGAGCACAGCUUCUACAGGAACUACCACCGCAUGCUGGAGUUCCUGGAUGUUAGUCCUCUUUCCUUCAUCAGAGAUCUGGGACCUAAAGGGCUGGAGGGCUUCGUCCUGAAGCGUUCGGGGGGUCACCGCAUCCUGGGCCUGAACUGCUUCGGCCAUCACCAGCUCUGCUUCCGCUGGUCGCGACGCUGGCUGGUUGUGAAGGACUCCUUCCUGAUGUACAUGAGCCCGGACGCCGAGGUGAUCUCCUUCGUGCUGCUCUUCGACCCCGAGUUGGAGGUUCUGGUGGGCCGGUGCUACACCGACACAGAGCACGGCGUCUGCAUCAAGAACUACGCCCGAACCCUGGUCAUUAAGUGCAGCAGCUACCGUCAAGCCCAGUGGUGGAGUCACGAGAUCCGCCAGCUGUCCGAACCUUGCGACUUCUUGCAGGUGCAGCGUUUCGGGGGCUUCGCCCCCUCCCGCGAGGACACCCUCACUAAGUGGUAUGUGAACGGCUCUGGCUACUUUUCGGACCUGGCUGACGCGCUGGAACAGGCCAAGCAGGAGAUCUUCAUCACUGACUGGUGGCUGAGCCCUGAAGUUCACUUAAAGCGACCAGCUACGGACAACUACUGGCGUCUCGACUGCAUCCUGAAGCGGAAGGCGGAGCAAGGUGUAAAGGUGUGCGUGUUGCUGUACAAGGAGGUGGAGCUGGCGCUGGGCAUCAACAGCGACUACAGCAAGAGAUCCCUGAUGAACAUGCACCCCAACAUCAAGGUCAUGCGACAUCCCGAUCAUGUUUCUGUGAUUGUCUUCCUCUGGGCCCACCACGAGAAGGUAGUAAUCAUUGACCAGUCCGUGGCAUUCGUCGGCGGAAUUGACCUGGCCUUCGGGAGGUGGGACGACAGCCACUAUAGGCUGACAGACUUGUCAGUCACAGAGACGCCAAAUCACAUUUCAGGGUCAGAGGCUUGCGACACAGUGGGCAGCGAUCCAGACGGGUUGGCCUCCCAGCCUCUGACUGCCAGGUCCGAGCCAGAACCGGCACCGACUGAGUCGGAGGACCUGUCGCAAAAUAGCCAGCUGUGGCUGGGGAAGGACUAUAGCAAUUUCAUCAACAAAGACUGGGUGCAACUGGACCGCCCCUUUGAAGAUAAUAUCGACCGCGGCCAAGUGCCCCGCAUGCCCUGGCGUGAUUUCGCUGCCGCCCUGCACGGGAAGGCUGCCCGGGACGUAGCGCGCCACUUCAUCCAGCGUUGGAACUUCACCAAGAUUUUCAAGAGCAAAUACAAGGAUGACUUCUAUCCGUGUCUGCUACCCAAAUCCCACAGCACGGCGGACGAGCUGCUGUACAGUGUGCCGGGCUGCGGGAGGGCGUCCGUGCAGGUGCUGCGCUCCGUGGACCGCUGGUCGGCCGGCACGUGCGAGAGCUCCAUUCACAACGCCUACCUGCACCUGAUCGAGACCAGUGAGCACUACAUCUACAUCGAGAAUCAGUUCUUCAUCAGCGGUGCGGAUGGGAAGAAUGUGCACAAUGGUAUCGGGGACGCCAUCGUGAAACGAAUCCUGCGAGCCCACAGUGAACAGAAAACAUACCGGGUCUAUGUGCUGGUCCCUCUGCUGCCUGGAUUUGAAGGGGACAUCAGUGUUGGGGGUGGCAAUGCCAUCCAGGCCAUCCUGCAUUUCACGUACAGGACCAUGUGUCGGGGGGAGUUCUCCAUCCUGGCCAGAUUAAAGGAACAUAUGCAGGACCAGUGGAGCCAGUACAUUUCACUGUGUGGUCUGCGCACGCACGCCCAACUCUCCGGGUCACUGAUCACUGAGCUCAUCUAUGUGCACAGCAAGACGCUGAUCGCCGACGACCGCCGCUACAUCAUCGGCUCCGCCAACGUCAACGACCGCAGCAUGCUGGGAAGUCGGGACAGUGAGGUGGCAGUGCUGGUGGAGGACAAGGAGCGGGUGCCGUCGCGCAUGGGGGGGGGCGACUACGAGGCGGGGCCCCUGACUCUGGCCCUGCGCAAGGAGUGCUUCAGGGUUCUCCUGGCGGCCGACGCCGACCCCAGCAUCGACAUCCAGGAUCCGAUCAGUGAGGAUUUCUUCCAGGAGGUGUGGAACAAGACGGCCGCAUCGAACGCCAGUAUUUAUGAGACGGUGUUCCGCUGCCUCCCCUCCGACUCCGUCACCAGCCUGCGCGUCCUGCGGGAGCUGAACCCGGCGGAGCGGCUGUGUGAUACGGACCCCGCGAGGGCGCGGGAGCAGCUAGGAGCCGUGCGCGGCCUGCUGGUGCACUAUCCCCUCCACUUCCUGUGCGAGGAGAACCUCCUCCCACCACUCAGCAGCAAGGAGCGCAUCGUGCCCAUGGAGGUGUGGACGUAGCGGAGAGGCUAAUCCCAGGGUCAACCAGCCACUUACGAGCCACUGGGCUGCAAGGGUUAAAGACCCGCUGACUGUAAAAAGACACUUCAUUUCUAUAGUUGCCAUAUUUGCACACAUUCCUUAUCAUGGGGGUUGAAAAGCCCCCCAUUCAUUCCCAGACCUCUCAGAGCUUCUGUUUCUAGGAGUUUCCAGAGCAAGACGCCAUGCGAUGUUCUGGGUGCAGAUAGUGCUCCGGUCCACACGCGCCAUUGCAGUAGACCGCGUCGCAGCCCAGAAUGCACUGCGCUCCUCACCCCGUUGGUUUGGAGCUAAAACAGGAGCCGUGACACUAAUGAGGGCAGUGAAGCCAGGGAUGGGCAACAUGGCAGUUUUUCUUCUUCCCCUGCAGCUCAUCUUCAGCUGAGGUGUAACUGAAAGCAAUAGGGGUGGUGGGGGGGGAGGGGGGUGCGUUUAACGUGCUCUUUCCAUCUCUGCGGUGUGGGAGAGGACGUGCACCAUUGCUCUCCCGCCAUCCUGCUGUGUGAACAUCCGCGGUUGUUAUGGUGACGGACGUAAAAAGCAGAUGGGGGUGCGGGGAAGAGAUGGGGAACAAGAUGGAAGGAAAGGCCGGGGUGAUGGGCAGGAGGGUCAGCCGUAGGGACAGCGAGAACGAAGGGUUAAAAGGGCACGAGGGACCAAGGGGACUCUAAGGAAGAAAUCGCCAUGCUGCCGCUGCUGUUACCUUGGCAACCAAGUGAAUUAUUAUGUAACGCUCCUGUUGACGGCUCAGAAUCCUCCAUUAUGUGUGUGUUUGCGGGGGGGGGUAUGUAAUGUUAUUGUGAGACAGGUUGACAUCACUGUCUCCAAGUGCUAACGCGCUACCUUAUUUGUCGACUUACACGACAUUCUCACAUGAAGCUACCUACACGUCCUCUGUGAAUCCUUACAGCCAGCAAUUCGCAGCUCACGUAAUUCGGGUCAAGGACCGUGCCCGCGUGUACCAGAACUCCGGUAUUAGUUCCUUCGUUCCUCGUUCACGAGUCCGAUUCCUUAACUACACUACGCUAAACUGCCGGUAACGCCAUUGAGGAAAAGCAAGCAACUUAAAUUUGAACUAAAGUUCCUGCUGUGGAUAUUUGUAACAUGAGCUGGGAUGCUGUAAGUGGGGCUUAUACCACGCUUGAGUAAUAUAAUAGUAAGGAAAGGCCAAGACGACUUUUUUUUCACUAAAGUAUGCAUACAGAUAUCCGUCGACUUAGGUCCUGUCAAGUGACGAUUGCAUUUACCCGAGGUGUAUAGUAAGAAAUCAAUACUGAUCGAGAGACGUCUGAAAGCGGACGUAGUAGGACAGUAGCGGGUGUAUUGCUUUUCAUUAUAAAGUGUCGUGCUUUUAUAUGUACAUUAUUUCCUGUAGAGUACUGUGUGUACAUAUUACAGUACUGAACUUAAUGUCUUGCCUCUCCCCUAUACCAGCGACUCAAUCCAUUGGGUCGCGUUCUGAAAGGGUUGUGAGGCGGAGUUUUAAAUGUAAGCGUUUUAAAACUACCAAGCUUCUAUGCUGAUCCACGAUCAGAUUUCCCACCCCAACCCUAGAAUUAACCUAUAUUAACGGGUCUUGGGUCUUUAAAUGCUUAGCGCAAAACUAGUGAACAUUUAAUCAAUCCGAGAAGCCAAACAGCAGAUGCUUAAUUUAAUAUUCACUGCCACAUCCAAUCAAAUUUGUGCGAUAGGCAUUGAUUGGCGUAAAUUACAGAUCGCGCUGAGUGUUUGAUCAUAGCGUUAAUUUAAACCUAUACUUCUUAUAGGGUCGCGACUGGUCGCGCUUCUAAAAGGUUGAAGAGCACUGCCGUGUAAGUAUCGAGAUACACCCAAAUUGACGUGCGGUGGUCACAGUUCCAAAUGCGCACCAAAAUCGACAGAUACCUGUGCAAUUAAUUACAGCACUUCAUUAAAUGUCACGAUAUUUAUCUAAUUUUAAUAAAGCAUUUAAUACUUGUAAAGGUUUUAUACCGACAUAAAAUAUAACUUUUUAAUCGUUUUUACUCAUGUUUAUAUUAUUUGUAUGUUACCGAUUUAACGUUUCUGCAUAAUGAAUGUUUUUUAUGCAUUUGCUUAUUUGACAUACUAGGCCUAUCAUACAACCAGACAUGCUAUCAAAUACCAGCAUUUUCAUUGUAUUUUCACACGUCCUUUGUAAAUCGGUCCUUUGUUGCACAAAAUUAAAAAUGUAAAAAUUGAUAUUUUAAUCUAUGGUUCUAAUUUCUUGCAACGAAUAAACUUACAUUUCUACUUGUC